AUGGAAUCCCCGUCAAUGUUAGCGCCGACGACAAGUGUCGUUAGUUCAUCGCCGUUUAUUCAUCGUCGGCAUAUUUUAUUAAAAGCACAUUAUUUUCUUUUCUUCUCAGCGUUUGGUGCUUUGUAUCCAGUCUUAAGCAUUACAUUACGUAGUCGUGGUUUAUCCAAUAUCGAAAUCUCAUAUAUUAAUUUAAUAAUUCCAUUCUUAGUCUUUUUUACCAAUCCACUAGUAGGCUUCAUUGCUGAUCAUUCUCGCCGUUAUUUAUUUACAUUCAAUAUCGUUCUUGGUAUAGUAAUUAUUUUAUAUGGAGCUAUGUUUCUCUUACCAGAGAUCAAGACAGAACAUAUCCAAGCUAACAUGACAUAUGAUCUGCCAUCAGGUCGUGUAUUAGAUUUUUGCGCCAGUCAAGAAGUGGCAACGAAAUGUUCCUCAAGAUCUGAAUGUGGGUGUUCAUACAAUGCGAAUUGCAACGCCGAUGCACAGUCGUUUGAGUUUAAUUUCAAAAUGAAUUCAACAGAUACCCGACAGAACUUCCCGGAAUCAAUUGGUACAAGUGAACCAGCAAGAUGCGGUAUUCAUUAUCGAGUGCCAAUUGAUGCAUAUUUAGACAAGUCCAAAUUGAAUCUCGCAACAGAUAGUGGAAGUACCUCUCCAAUAGCUACUUGUAAAAUAACUUGUUCCAUAGCACACUAUUGUCAUGGAAGUCGCUAUCCUCAACAAACACAUUAUCUUCUUCUAUAUUCUCUAUUAUUCAUCAUUGGAACGAAUCUACUUUCGAACUCGAUUACACUUGGAGCAUCGAUUGGUUUCGCUAGUAUACCUCGUGCUGAACUUUUCGGAAGUCAACGUGUUUUCGGCACAAUCGGUUUUGGAAUAUCAGCACUGACUGCGAGUAAACUUUAUAAAUACUUUGACACAAAUUUUGUCUACAUAAUUCUGUUCAUCGCGUAUGCAUUUUUAUGCAUAUUGAUCACAUGUUUUAUCCGUAUUCAAUCGCACAAACAAAAGCGAGCUUCAGCAGAUCAUGACGCAGGUGCUACAGAAGAAAUCGGACUUGACUCUUCUUUGAAAAAUGCGAAUCAAGACAUGAAAAGAAAGAAUUCAUCGCAAUCUGGUUUACCAGCGCUUAUACCAUUGCUGAAAAGAAUCGAUGUGAUCGUCUUUCUUUCGUUGACAUUCAUUUGGGGCAUGUCAUACGCAGGUCUUGAUCCCUACGUUUAUUUAUACAUCGAUGAAAUCGCACCAUGUCAAUCUCGUUCCAUUGUUGGUUACAUGUCAUUUAUAUCUGCAUCUUCAGAAAUCGUUGCUCUUUUCCUUGCCGGCAAAAUGCUCGAACUCUUGGGAGUCAAUAUUAAUUCCAUCAUCAUUUUAUUAGCUUUUGCAAUUCGAUUCGCUGGUUAUUAUUACAUUCGUCGACCAUAUUUUCUCUUAUUCAUGGAGACAAUGCACUAUUUUAAUUUCGGCAUUCUCUACAUACUCAUUGCUCAAAGAGCUGAUGCCAUUGCACCACCGGGACUUGCUGGUACACUUCAAGGUGUUGUCUACGGUCUUUCCUUUGGUUUAGGUCGUGGAGUUGGUUUAAUUGUUUCAUCAUAUAUUUAUACGCGUCUACAGUCAAGAACUUUGUUUCUAUUCUUUGCAUGUUUCAAUGCAACAGCUGCCAUCAUCUAUAGUCUCAUAUUCUUUGUACUGAAGAAACGUUCAGAAAAGAAUGUUCGAUCAAAUCAUAAUAUCAAUGUACCAAAGAUCGUUAUCGAUCCAGACACGAGCGUCCAUGAAGAUCCAUUAUUAGUUCCAGGAUCAUCUCCAACAGGAAAGACAGAUAAUAAAUUUGCCGAACAGUAG